CUUUCCUUUCGGGAAAGAUCGGAAGUCGUGUCCUCGGGUGCCUUCGGCUUCAAUCGGAUUUCCAUCAUGGCGGAAGAGCGUGCGGGUUUCGGGGAGGUACGCACUCCUUCGCCAUCAGAAAUGGACGUCACCGGGUCGAACGGUCAAUCAUUUGCCGCCGAUGACACCGUGUCAUCAUGGCAGACACAAAAGCAACCAAAUUCGAACGGAGAAAGCGGGAAUGGAGACCAGGAGGAGCCCAGUACAUACUCUGGGGGGCCCACUGUAGCAAAAGGGGGGAUUCUGACUCCAAGUGGGGACCCGGAAAAUGAUAACAUGACUGAUGCCUCAGGUGAUGUCAGUGUUGCUAUGGUAACAAGGGAUGAGGAGGAUGAGCCAAUGGAAGCUGUGAUAAGUGAAGAUGAUUCUAGCACUGAGCCCAGAAAUGGCCAGAACAAUGAGCAAGCCUUUCCUGAGCUAGAUACAUCUUCUGCAAUGCAAUCAGAACAUAACACAGACAGUAACUUAGAACCAGAGGAAUCUUCACUUGACAAUUUCUCACACGCAGAUGUAGAUAUCACAGAUGGGCAGGACGUAGCCAGCAGUGAAGAAAGGGAAACAGGAAGGCAAUCAGACAAUAGUAACAUUCCAGUGGUAGAGCCAGGUGGUGCUAGGGAUAGUUCAUUUGAGGUGAUUGGCGAGGAAGAAAUCUCCAGGGUUAGGCCAGUUGAAUGUUUUAACUCCGAUAUGCCAACAGACAUGUUAGGAGAGUAUGAUUCUGGCAUACAGCAGCCAGUCACACCACCAACCCCCCUACAAGAUGAGGAUGCCCCAACCCCCUUACAGGACGAAGUAAUGGACACAGAAGAGCUUGAUGAAAUGUUAGAUAGCAAUUCUACUGGCCCAUCCGUAGAUCAUGAUACUCAAGCACCAGAAGUCAAAGUGGUGGAAGAAAACGCAUCUUCUGCCCAAGACACUGACACUCAUGCAAUUUCAACAGAAGAAAACUAUGAAGAAGAUCUAGAAGAGCCUGCUCAGCCCAGAGCAGACUCUCCUGUACCUGCCUUGGGGCUUGUCUCAUAUCCGGAUUCAGAAGGAGAAGAUAACCAGUCAGAAAAGGACGUCGUAACUGAAGACACCGAAACUAACAAGUUGCAGGAAGAAGAAGGUGAAACAUCGGAAGAAAGGGCGUCACCUGAGAAAGAGGACAGAAUCGCAACUGAGGAACCUGUUGAGACUGAUGCCAGCUUACCUCCUGAUGACCAUGUCACAACUGAUACUGAUAUCCCAGUAGCUCAGGAGGAAAAUGAAACAGAAGAGCCAGUAACUUCUCAUUAUAUAGCACAGGAGGAAAAAACAGACUAUGUUGUUGAACCAGACUCACAACAAAACUCAGAAGCUCUGCCGACCAUCCUGAAGGCUUUUGCAAGCUCCGAUGUGCCCAUAGAACCAGAUGAAGAAGAAGUGGAGGAGAGUGGUACCCAGGAUGAAGCAGAUGUACAUCAGGAUGCUGAGAGGAUGGAGACAGAAGAAGUGGUACCCAAUGAGGAGGAGACAGGAGAACAACAGACUGAACAUGCAGAGCAAACUGCAGAGCUGCAGGAAGCUGAAACUGGCAACAAUGAAGCUGAGAGUCAAGAAAACAACAAGGAGGAGGAAACUGAAAGAGAUGAGCCAGAAAAAGUAACGGAGGCUGAUUCUGAGACAGCAGUGGUCUCAAAGUCACCUGAAAAGAAUGAGGCUGAAGAUGGGGAUUGGGACAUCAUUGAUGUGACGGAUGAGGUCAAAGGUGAACCUGACAUCAUCACCAUCGAUGAUGAUGAUGAAGAUGCAGAGACUAAAAAGGUGGGCACAAAUAAAGAUGAGCAAGCAGAAGCAGGAGUCUCUACAGGUAAGGACUUUAUCUUGAAAUAUGAAGAUGUGCAAAAGGAGAAUCCUGCUAUGAGCCUGACAGAGUUGGCUGCUGUGCUCUUCAAGAUGUGGAAAGAACUGGACGACAAGGAAAAGCAGAUUUACAAGGAUUACUACUACUCUGAGAAGAAGGUGUACGAGGCCGACUCGACAUCGUCCCCGGCAACAGAGGUGAAGGAGGAACCAGUCGACGAGGACUCCAUGGAGGCAUUUCUGAAGGAGCUGCAGACUGAGGACGACACAGACAUACAGCUGGACGAAGCAGAGUCAUCGCUACAGGCCAUUCAAAAUGAGACGGAAAAGGAGCUCAAGCUGGACGAGGCAGAGUCUUCACUACAGGCCAUCCAAAACAAGACGGAAAAGGAGCUCAAAUGCUGA